AUGGCGCCCACCACCUCGCUCGCCUCGGCUCUAGGCCUUGUCGCCCUCGGUGCACGCACCGCGAUGGCGGUUUGCCAGUCCUAUGGCAUAGACUUUCAGCAUGGCGGCAAAUAUUUCCAGAACUCUCUCUCGAGCGACGACUUCACAUUCGUCUCCCAGUUCGAAGGCUGCCGGAAUGAUACAGCGGAAAACAUCCUCGUCGAUCCUAAAGGCAACCAGUCGCUGUGCUCUCAAACCCCCUUGACACCGGACAACGAGGACACGUCGUCUACGUGUCCCAUCAAGAAGAGUCAGCUGUUUGAUGGUCCGUGGUCUAUCGUCAUCAUAAGCAAGAAUGGCGAUGGUGAGCCCAUUGCCUACGAGCGUGAUUUCUCCAUCACGGUCGGCCCUCAGUCGACAUCCACCUACACCCCGACCGCGACUGCCACUGUCGUGACUACGCCAGUCGUCACUAUGACCAGCACUACCACCAGCACAACCACGUCCGUCCUCAGCGCGAGCACCAUUACCGGCCCAUCCGUAACCGCGACUCCAACAACGACGGAAACGCCAGCCGAGGUGACGACGACCUCGACGCAGGUGCUCCUCUCCCUCGUGGUUACCGCCUACGAUCUUCACAUUCUGAAGACCACUGUCACCAAGACUGCAAGCUGCAGUUCACCCACUAGAGCUGCCCGCGAUCCGGCUGCCCACAUCAAGCCCACAAUCGGACCGUUUUUCAUGGCGGCCAGUGCCAAGUACAGCCGCGAGAUACUGGAGGAGGAGAAGCGCCGCUUCGUCGAGGCACGCGCUCUUCGCUUGGCCGAGCGUGCUCCCGAUCCACAGCCGUUCGUCGUCACCGACGCGAACACGGCGCAUUGGUCUACGGUUACUACGACUUCGACCGCGGAUGCCACGACCGCUACUAUCACCACCGAAGUCACGACCACAGUGACCAGUACCCCUCCGGCCGUCACCGUGCUCACGGGCGAAUCCACUGCCCCCUGGGUAACUGUUACCGCGGAUACACCUACCAAGACCAAGACGCAGUACAUCAUCCCCAUGACAACGAUCACCAAGACCCAGCAAUAUGCCUUCAUCAUCACGACCACGACUACGCCCGCGAGCGUCCAGUCUGCCUGCAAGGCGGCCGGUGGUAUGCUCUUCUAG